AUGCAGAUUAUGGAAGUAGUACAGCCUGCAGACGAUCUACAACGCCAAGUCCUUCAAAGCACCCUCAACGAAAUCGCGACCCGGCAAGAAGAAGACCUCACCGACUGCUGCGUCAUCUGCCUCGAGAGCAUCACCGAAGUCUGCGAGGCCAUCCCUUGCCAUCACCGAAACUUUGACUAUAUUUGUCUCCUCAGCUGGCUUGAACAAUCCCCGAAAUGUCCCCUCUGUAAAGCUGUUGUCUCUCAAGUUCGCCACGCUCUGGAUGAGCCUGUCGCAAAGACCUACAUCGUUCCCAGACCUGCUCCGGAACCUGAGAAGCAACAACCCGAUCAUAGACCAUAUGCUCCGUCUACUAUUCGUCGUCAACUCCCUCCGCGACGACGUCCUUAUGCCCGUCGAUCCCGAUAUGAAACACCCAACCUAAGCCCAUCAGAUGAGAUCGCACGACGGAGAGAUGUAUAUCGGCACAACCGAUAUUCAAAGCACGUAGGGACAAAUAGACUGUCCAGAUAUCGUGAAUUGACUCCAGCUGUUUUCUGCGCAGAUAGUGAAUUAGUAUCGCGCGCACGUAUGUGGGUUCGGCGGGAGCUUCAAGUAUUUCCCUUCUUGAGUCCUGAUGCCGGCGAGACUGAGCUAAGGCCCAGGCCGAAUGCCCCCAGAAAUACUGUGGAACAGCGACGAGCAAAUAAUGCCGAGUUUCUUCUUGAGUACAUCAUUGCGGUGUUGAAGUCUGUGGACAUCAUGGGUAGCGCCGGCCAGGCUGAGGAAAUGAUUUCAGAUUAUUUGGGAAGAGACAAUACGCGGCUCUUUUUACACGAAUUGAGAGCUUGGCUUAGAAGCCCAUAUACGAAACUGGCGGAUUGGGACAGAGCCGUCCAAUACGAGACAUCUGUCCCGGACACUCUUGGUGUUGACUCCGAACAGGCAGUCGGAACGCCGCAAGAGGACAAGGCGACUAUUAUCGCCCUGGAGGUCGUUCACAGCGGCCGAGAGAAGUACACAGACACGAGCCAUAUGCUAGACGGCACAGUAGAGGUUCAUAGAGUAUAG